AAGCACACGACCUCGUAAACUCAAUCAUCUUCAUCCCUCUCUCUGUCUCUCUCUCUAUAUAUAUAUUAGGUAAGAUAGCCAUAGGUGAUCAUCGAUCACUCACUCUUUUACAAAAUCGAAAUCGGAUAUGACGAGGGACACAUCUAACCUUGUACCGAAACUCACCCCAGCUCAUCAACACUUCAACCUUCAAUCUCUCAUUCGCUAUUGUUCUUCCAACAUUUCUGCCUUCCCUCACUCCCCUACUCAUUUCACCGUCUCCCAGUUUGGGCAUGGACAAUCCAACCCCACGUACUUGAUGGAAGUGGGCUCACAAGGCUCUCAGGUGAAACGCUAUGUUCUGAGGAAGAAACCUCCUGGGACAUUGCUCGCUUCAGCUCAUGCCGUCGACAGAGAGUUUCAGGUUCUCCAGGCGUUAGGCACUCAUACUCAAGUUCCGGUUCCUAAAGUUUUCUGUUUGUGCAAUGAUCCAACUGUUAUUGGAACAGCAUUUUAUAUCAUGGAAUAUUUGGAGGGACGCAUAUUUACUGACCCCAAGCUACCAGGUGUGGCACCAGAGAGGAGGAGAGCAAUUUACCGGGAAACUGCUAAAACCUUAGCUUCCUUACAUUCUGCUAAUGUGGACUCCAUUGGUCUGGGAAAAUUUGGGCGCCGUAAUGAUUAUUGCAAAAGACAGAUUGAGAGGUGGGCUAAGCAAUAUGUUGCCUCAACCAGUGAGGGUAAACCUGCAAGAAAUCAAAAAAUGUUUGCCUUGGUUGAUUGGCUACAGCAUCGAAUCCCUUCUGAAGAUUCUUCAGGAGCUACAGCAGGUCUGGUUCAUGGAGAUUUUCGCAUUGACAAUCUUGUGUUCCAUCCCACAGAGGAUCAGGUAAUUGGCAUACUUGACUGGGAACUCUCUACCCUUGGUAACCAAAUGUGUGAUGUUGCAUAUAGCUGUCUGCCUUAUAUUGCAGAUAUUGGGCAUGAAAAAAUACAGGAAGGUAUGGAACGUUCGGGAUUACCAGAGGGAAUUCCUUCACUACCAGAGUAUUUGGCUGAAUACUGCUCUCUGGCAGGAAGAAAAUGGCCUGCUGCUGAGUGGAAGUUCUAUGUUGCCUUUUCUUUCUUCCGUGGGGCUUCAAUUUAUGCAGGAGUGUAUAAUAGAUGGGUUAAGGGUAAUGCAUCAGGAGGUGAACGCGCACGACACACAGAAGUACUUGCUAACGGUCUUAUAGAUACUGCUUGGGAAUUUAUUGAACACAAAUCUGUGCUUCCUCAACAUCCUCCCUCUGAUGCAAAUGCAAAAGACUAUUCAAAAGAGUUAGUGCAUGGGAAUGAUAUGCAGGGCCUCUCAAAUCAGGGGAAGUUUGUUCCUAGUCAAAAGGUUUUGACGCUGAGGAACAAAUUAAUUAAGUUCAUGGAGGAACAUAUAUACCCCAUGGAAAAUGAAUUUUAUAAACUUGCCCAGUCAGAAUUGCGAUGGACUAUUCACCCAGCAGAGGAAAAGUUAAAGGAGAUAGCAAAGAAAGAAGGCUUGUGGAACUUAUUUAUUCCGCUUGAUAGUGCUGCGAGGGCAAAAAAUCUUAUUUUUGAUGGGAGCAAUAAUGAUCUCCCUAGUGAUGCAAAUGACUUGUUAUUGGGUGCUGGUCUCACAAAUCUCGAAUAUGGAUACCUUUGUGAGAUCAUGGGUCGUUCUGUUUGGGCUCCACAAGUGUUUAACUGUGGUGCACCUGACACAGGUAAUAUGGAGGUAUUACUGCGCUAUGGAAAUAAAGAACAAAUGCGAGAAUGGCUUAUUCCUUUGCUUGAGGGGAAGAUUAGGUCUGGAUUUGCAAUGACAGAACCACGUAUUGCAUCUUCUGAUGCAACCAAUAUUGAGUGUUCUAUCAAAAGGCAAGGAGAUUCAUAUAUUAUCAAUGGGACAAAAUGGUGGACCAGCGGUGCUAUGGAUCCGAGAUGCAGAAUUCUUAUAGUCAUGGGGAAAACUGACUUCAAUGCAGCAACGCAUAAACAGCAAUCUAUGAUCUUAGUGGAUAUCCAGACUCCUGGUGUUCACGUAAAGAGACCAUUGAUGGUAUUUGGCUUUGAUGAUGCACCUCACGGGCAUGCAGAAGUAACAUUUGAAAAUGUUUGUGUGCCAGCAAAAAAUAUCUUACUGGGUGAAGGACGUGGAUUUGAGAUCGCUCAAGGUAGGCUAGGUCCAGGAAGGCUGCACCAUUGUAUGAGACUGAUAGGUGCUGCUGAGCGAGGCAUGUAUAUGAUGGCUCAAAGAGCUGUUAGCAGAAGAGUAUUUGGGAAGUUGAUCGCUGAACAGGGUUCAUUUCUUUCAGAUAUGGCUAAGUGCCGAAUAGAGCUAGAGCAGAGCAGAUUGUUGGUGUUGGAAGCAGCUGACCAACUUGAUAGGCAUGGGAACAAAAAAGCUCGAGGGAUCCUAGCAAUGGCAAAGGUAUCCGCGCCAAACAUGGCACUAAAGGUGCUUGACAUGGCCAUGCAAGUGCAUGGAGCAGCUGGUGUAUCAUCUGACACAGUCCUGGCACAUCUUUGGGCAGCUGCAAGAACAUUGAGAAUCGCAGAUGGUCCAGAUGAAGUUCACUUGGGUACCAUAGCCAAGUUAGAACUACGGAGAGCCAAGCUUUGAUUACCUCAACAUUCUGCAUCAUGGGACGAAAAGAAAGUUACCAAAUUAAAAACUGAAACAAAGCAGGAAAAUACACUGCCAUCAAAUAAGUGUUCCAAGAAAAAAAGCAUUUAUGACAAUAGCAGUGUUCCGAAAUGCUUUUGGGAGCAUUAGGUAAUUUGUAUUAGUUUUUUUUUUUUUUCAAAAUAAGCUUUCACUUUGUGCGUUCCAUAAUUGUAACCCUUCUAAUUCCUUGCUAAAUAGUAAAUACCUUAAUCCUUA